AUGGAUAUGUUAAAGAAGUCAAACACAAUAACAGCUGGCGAUGGACUCGAACUCACGUCUCUGUACGAGAGUUAUAUGGAUGUACUUCGGGAGACAUUUAUCGCAAUCCCCACUAAAGAUAAGAAUGACAUCGAAAGGGCCCACAAAACCAUUGACUCUCACCUGAGAUUGUGCGACAAAAAUCGUAAAACAGGUCUAAUGUUAACGGUAUUGAGUUAUGUGAAGACACCUAACUAUCAUCGAUAUAGUGAUGUUGAAUCUCACGCUGAGUUACUCAAUGCCUAUGGACUCAUUUUUGGUGCAGUUGUUGCUUUUACAUCGACUAAUUUACAGGGUCAGGUAGCCAAACUGCUCUUGAUGCUUUAUUGGACUUAUGUGGAGUCACAUUUUUCACUUAAAGCCAAAAAUAUAGACAUUUGCCACCAAAUGCUUAAUAAUAGUAUUGAUAACAAGGCCAAAUUGGCACAAAUUAGUGGUAAUAUCGAUGAGUCGAUCGAGAUUUAUAAUAAACUGAUCACUGAUUACGAGUCCGAUGUAUUGGUUAAAUACUUUUGGUUGGAACUCAUGAUUGUAUUUGCAUUGAAAUGUGAUGUCAACCAAUGUAUUAAAUACGCGCUACUCGUCCGCAAAGGGUCGGCCCAUUCACCGGCUUUUACCACAUAUUGUGAGGCAGUCUUCAGAUAUUUGAAGGGAACGGAUGAGUCGGAUGCCAGUGAAUUGGAAAGGGCUGUCAAACUACUGGAAAUCAUACCGUCAGUAAGGGUCCGGUAUUUCGGCAAAUCUUUAACUAUUGAGAAGAUGGCUGUCGUUAGCGCACAGAAGUUUACGAAUACCUCCCAGUGCUCUGUCCUACCAGAUAUGGAUAUAGAGGCCCGAUUUGGUCGCGAGUACUCAAUACCCCCUCAAUCGGCACUGGAGUUGGGAUUACUGGAUCUGGAGCUCAAUAAUGGGGCCGAAGCUAGAAAAUGGAUAAAGAAAUCACUUCACGAUUACAGCAAUUAUACGAAUGAAAACUAUGUCCACAUCCGGGCCUACGCGGCGCUCCGGGAGUUAGGCGUCUCCACCGAUAAGCAUAGUGUGGAUCAGUCGUUAAGCCAGGAGUAUAGGGAUCAGUGGUUAAGGGAUAUUCGCAAUGAAGAGGAAAAUGUGGAUAAAAUACUUACCAAUGAGUUGGAGAUUAAUGAUUAG